AUGUGCUCCGACAAAACACCAAGACGAUGGCAAAUUGAGGUCAUUUUGCCCGAUGCCGCGUUGCAGACUACCUUGGAUCAUGGAAGGCGCAAUGUCCCAGGGGCGAGGGAUGACUGGCACGCCAGAACCUUGCAGAUCGUGGGUGUAAAGUAUGCUCAUCUAUCAGGCCGGGGCCGCACAGUGAUUGACUGUCAACGGAAAGAGUCGAGAUGCCAUUUUGGGUUUAUUGAGUUUGAGCCGGCAGACGGGAUGGAGGCGGAAGGGUACUGGGUGCUGGAUGGUUGA